CAUGAAGCGCUGUCUGCUUUGGAAAUGGGAGCUACUAAUUAUCAUUUUCGAUGUGAUCAACUCAUCAAUGCAAAUUAAAUACGAAUUUGAAUUCGAGGACGAAUCAAUUUACAGUGACUGCAGCGACGUUCCACCUGAAACCCGCAAUAUAAACGGGUUGUUUGAUAUGACCAAUCUGAAAAGGAUCAUGAACCCAGAAGGAAUUGCACUGUCGGGAAACAUGACAUCGGUUUUUAAUGCCCAGCCAUUGGAUCGCAUUGAGGUAACUGCGAACUUGUUAUACUUUGAUCGAGGUAUCUGGCUGCCGACCACGCUCAAUAUGAUAGUAAAGGACUUUUGUAAGGUGAUGUACGAUAAAAAGCAGCUGUGGUACGAAGCGUGGUCUUCCCACAUAAGGAAUAAAGAAGCCAUUGAGGAUCAUUGUAUUAAAGUCUACGGUACCUUAUUUUUAAUGGAAACAUACACGGUGGAUCUAUUCUUUGGUAGUGGCAUGCCAUUAUUUUCUGGUCGUCACACCCUUCGGAUUCGGAUAUUUGCCUAUGACCAAUCGGGCAAGAAACGUCCACAUGACGUCUGCUACGAAAUUAAAGGGAAAUUUUAUAAGAUCUAA